GUCUGUUGUCUCUCUCGGCUUCCGGGUCCCGCCUCUCGCGAAAAUCACGCUGAGUCUCGCCCUCUCGCGAGACGUGUUUCAAAACUGUGGCGGCAACCGCUUCCCGGAGGCUCGCUCACCGGUCGUGCGCGUUUGUCAUCUGGCGCCAUGGCGGCGGAGAAGAAGCGGCUUUCUGUGAAGGAGGCUUUUCGGCUGGCGCAGCAGCCGCACCAGAACCAGGCGAAGCUGGUGGUGGCGCUGAGCCGCACGUACAGCGCGGGGGAUGAUAAAACAGCUUUUCAGGAGGAGUUUGUUCAUUACCUUAAAUAUGCCCUGGUGGUAUAUAAACGCGAGCCUGCUGUGGAGAGGGUUGUCGACUUCGCUGCCAAGUUUGUUACUUCAUUUCACCAGUCUGAUCAGGAAGAAGAGGAAGAGGAAGAUGGUGGCAUUUUAAAUUAUUUGUUCACUUUUCUAUUAAAGUCUCAUGAAGCAAACAGCAGUGCAGUCAGAUUUAGAGUAUGCCAGCUCAUUAAUAAGCUUCUGGGGAGUAUGCCAGAAAAUGCCCAAAUUGAUGACGACCUGUUUGAUAAAAUUAAUGAAGCCAUGCUUAUUAGAUUGAAAGAUAAGAUUCCAAAUGUGAGAAUACAAGCGGUUUUGGCUCUCUCUCGACUCCAAGAUCCCAAGGAUGAUGACUGCCCAGUAGUUGAUGCGUAUGUUACUAUGAUAGAAAAUGAUUCAAAUUCAGAAGUUAGACGUGCAGUGUUAUCCUGUAUUGCACCAUCAGCAAAGACUUUGCCAAAAAUUGUGGGGCGUACAAAGGAUGUAAAGGAGGCUGUCAGAAAGCUGGCUUAUCAGGUGUUAGCUGAAAAAGUUCAUAUAAGAGCUAUGUCCAUUGCUCAGAGAGUACUGCUUCUUCAACAAGGUCUUAAUGACAGGUCAGAUGCUGUGAGACAAGCAGUGCAGAAGCAUCUUCUCCAAGGCUGGCUGCGCUUCACCGAAGGAAAUAUCUUGGAGUUACUUCAUCGGUUAGAUGUGGAAAAUUCUUUUGAUGUGGCAGUCUCUGUUCUUAAUUCCUUAUUCUCAGUGACUCCUCUCAGUGAACUGGUCGGAAUCUGUAAAAGCAAUGAUGACAGGAAGUUGAUUCCAGUGGAAACAUUAACUCCUGAACUUGCUUUGUAUUGGCGCACCCUUUGUGAAUAUUUGAAAUCAAAAGGAGAUGAAGGUGAAGAGUUUUUAGAGCAGAUUUUGCCAGAGCCUGUAGUAUAUGCAGAGUAUUUACUGAGUUAUGUCCAGAGCUUCCCAGUAGUUAAUGAAGAACAGAGAGGUGAUUUUACCUACAUUGGAAAUUUGAUGACAAGAGAAUUUAUAUGUCAGCAAUUGAUUCUUAUUAUAAAAUCUCUGGAUACCAGUGAAGAAGGAGGAAGGAAACGACUGCUGGCUAUUUUGCAGGAGACUCUUACACUGCCUACAACUCCAAUUUCCUUAGUUACUUUUAUUGUUGAGAUACUCCUCCACAUCAUCUUAGAUGAUAAUAAAAGGAUACAGAUUGUCACAGAAAUUAUCUCAGAGAUUCGUGCACCCAUCGUUACUGUUCGUGUUGAUCCAUCUGAUACUAGAAAAAAGGAACUCAAGAUGGCUGAAAUAAAAGUUAAGCUUAUUGAGGCUAAAGAAGCUUUGGAAAAUUGCAUUGCUGUACAGGAUUUUGACCAGGCAUCAAAAUUAAAAGAAGAGAUAAAAACUUUGGAAGAUGCCAAAAUAAACCUGCUAAAAGAGACAGAGCAACUUGAAAUUAAAGAAGUUCACACAGAAAAGAAUGAUGCUGAAACAUUACAGAAGUGUCUUAUUUUGUGCUAUGAACUGUUGAAGCAGAUAUCCAUUUCAACUGGAAUUGGUGCAACCAUGAAUGGGAUCAUUGAAUCUUUGAUUCUUCCUGGAAUAAUAAGUGUUCAUCCUGUAGUAAGAAAUCUGGCUGUUUUGUGCUUGGGAUGCUGUGGACUACAGAGUCAGGAUUUUGCAAGUAAACACUUUAUGUUAUUCUUACAGGUUUUGCAAAUUGAUGACGUCACAAUAAAAAUCAGUGCUUUAAAGGCAAUCUUUGACCAGCUGAUGACAUUUGGGAUUGAACCAUUUAAAACUAAGAAAGCUAAGACCGUCCACUGUGAAGGUGCAGACAUAAACAGUGGUGAUGAAGAAGAAGAAGAAGCAGAAGAUGCUGAAGAGACCGCCACAGCUAAAAAUGUUCUCAAACUCCUCACUGACUUCUUAGAUAGCGAGGUGUCUGAACUCAGGACAGGAGCUGCAGAAGGAUUAGCCAAGCUGAUGUUCUCUGGGCUUCUGGUCAGCAGCAGGAUUCUUUCUCGUCUUAUUUUGUUAUGGUAUAAUCCUGUGACUGAAGAGGAUGUCCGACUUCGACAUUGUCUAGGCGUGUUUUUUCCCGUGUUUGCUUUUGCAAGCAGGAUUAAUCAAGAAUGCUUUGAAGAAGCCUUUUUUCCAACUCUGCAAACGCUGGCCAGUGCCCCAGCGUCAUCUCCUUUAGCUGAAGUAGAUGUCACAAAUGUUGCUGAGUUGCUCAUUGAUCUGACAAGACCAUGCAGAUUGAAUCCUCAGGGGAAGAAUUCCCAAGAUUAUCAGGCCUUAACAGUACAUGACAAUUUGGCUAUAAAAAUUUGUAAUGAGAUCCUCACAAGUCCAUGGAAACCAGAAAAUCGGGUUUAUACAAAAGCUUUGAGUUCUAUAGAACUCAGUAGCAGUGUUACAAAAGAUCUCCUGCUUCUAUUGGAUGAGAUUCUGGAGCAAGUAACAGAUAGAACAUGUCUGAGAGCUUUGGAGAAAAUCAAGAAUCAGUUAGAAAAAGGGACUAAAGAACUGGACCAGGUUGUAGUAGCACAGGACCAAGCACAGGAUACCAACACUACUACAGCUCUUCAGAAUGAAGAUGAAGCAUAUAUGACUCCUUUGAGGGAUGUAAAAGGAGCUCAGACAUCAAAAUCCACACAACGAAAGACUAACAGAGGACGGAAAAAAGCGCCACCUUCAUCUAGGACUAACAGGAGGCGUCAGGCUCCUGAGACUGACUCCGAAAGUGAUCAUGGUGUUCCAGAACCACCUUCAGAAGUGAAGAUGAGAUUACCAAGACGAGCCAAAACAGCAGCACUAAUGAGAAGUAAACUUAGUCUUGCACAGUUUAUUAAUGAAGAUCCAAGUUAAGAGAGCUG